UGACAAGGGGAACUCCCUUCUUCUUCCUGAAAACCGCAACAGCUGUUUUAGGUUUCAAAAUUGACCGACAUGUUGCCUUCCGCUGUUCUGUGUUUCCUGCUCUUCCUGCCGCUUUCUGCCUCUGAAGAGCCAGAGGAGUUAACGGUGAAGCCCGAGCAGGACGUUACUCUCGGGUGUCGGGCUCUCUCAGACGGCGCCGUCACUCUGCUGGAGUGGAACAGACGAGACCUGAAGGACGACGGCUACGUCUUCUUCUACAGGAACCAGCGCGCGUACGAGAAGUACCAGCACCCACGUUACCGGGGCCGGGUGGAGCUGAGAGACCCGGAGAUGAUGCACGGAGACGUCUCCGUCGUUCUGAAGAACGUCAGCGUCAACGACACCGGGACGUACGACUGCCGAGUUAUAAUCACCGGGGGCAACGAGAGCAGGAAGCUCAUCGAUCUGACCGUCUCCGACUCCGAUCCCCCAGCUGGACAGGAGGGCAGAUAUCCUGGACUCGUGGUCACUCUGUCAGUUGUUGCAGUCCUUCUUGUUAUUAUUCUUCUUCUUCUUCUUCUUGUCAUGUAUAAACGGCAUAACUGUCACAGAGAGAAUCCUUCAUACAAAGCUCCGAAUCCUGAAAGCACCGAGGUGACCUGAGUGUCUGAGUCCUGCGUCAGAAAGAAUCAACAGUUUAAGUUUAGAAGAGACAAAUCUGUUCACUAAGAGUUAAGAUCGUAGAAAUGAUAACACAGCCGUUAACACGCUCAUAUCAGCAGUUUGUGAUUUUCAUAAUAUUGCAUAACACCUUUUAAGUUAUAUCUCUGUAUGUGUUCUUCAUGUUUCACUUUCUGCACUUUAAAGCACUUUUUUUUAUGUUGCACUGCACUUUAUUUAGCCUCUUGAGUUUUAUUCUGUAAAUAAAUAUAUUAACAAGAUUAAAAACAUUUCCUUUUUUUUCCUGAUGGAAUGGUUGUUCUGGAUCAAUACCGCCCAAUUUGGGCGCCCGCGGGCCAAGUUUGGCCCGUCCUCCCUGUCUGUUUUGGCCCGUCGUGACAUUUGACAUUCUUAGUCCCCUCUUAUUUUUAAAUUAAAAAAUAAUCCACGAUUUGUUUUUUUAAAUAAAAAAAAUAGGUAUUAUUUCAUUUAAAUUAUGUUUGACCAUAUAUGUAAAAAGGGUCGAAAAAAGUGACAAAUGUUUAAAAAAACAUAAGAAAAAGAGCAAAAGAAAAAACUUAUUUUCAAUUUUGACCCGAAAGGACAACAAGUUCCCGGUCUACAGGAAGACAACCCGAGGGUUAAGAGGACGAGGAGCCGAGUGCAUGCUCCUGUCCGUAAACAACUUUUCUUUUUUUGGUUUACUUUAGGAAAUUAAUCCUAAAGCAUCGCGCGUUGUUCAUAAACAUUUACAGACGCGUCGGAUGUGGUUUCUGCAGCUGGUCGAGCUGCUUUUAGUUUUCAUUUCAAUAAGAUGAUCAAGUUAAAAAAACGUCAUUAAUGAUUUACACCCGGUGAAAUAUUUCUUUUGGGGGGGUAAAUUACUUUGCAUGGUUGAACGGUGCAAGAAGAUGGCUCAGGUCUGUGUUUCUUGGCUGUGUAUUGAUGCUUGCAUGGCUUCUUAUACUGUGUGUAUUGAUGUGUAACUGUGCUAAUGUCUUGCUGCUCCCUGUAGCUCUGCACGGCUUAUACUGAGAAAUCUUAUUUGUUGCUCUAGCUGUCUGUGUGGUGUCUUGUUGACUUCUGUCUGUGUAGUUUAACCUGUACUAAUGUCUCGCUGUUUCCUGUUGCUCUGGUCUAA